UACGGUGCGUAACUACAUAUGGCCAUUAGCUGGCAGAAAUCUCGCACGUCGCACUGUACGCAACUGUGUUCGAUGUAGGCGCUUACAGGGUCGUACGUUAACACCUAUAAUGGGCCAUCUCCCGUCACAACGAACUAUACCAGCAUUUCCAUUUCUUACGACAGGGGUAGACUUCGCAGGUCCAUUUAUGAUUUUAAAUAAGAAAGGCCGCGGCGCAAAACUUUCAAAGUGUUACUUAUGUCUUUUUAUAUGUUUCCGAUACAAAUGCGUGCAUUUAGAAGCCGUAACAGAGCUGUCAAAGGAUGCCUUUGUUAUGACAUUACGGAGAUUUGUUGCCCGACGCGGCAAACCGCUUGAAAUCUAUUCCGAUAACGGUAGGAAUUUCGUUGCCGUUGCAAAGGAAAUCGGUAGUUUCUUAAAAGAAAAUCAAAACUCUCUAUCUGAGUACGCAGCUACCGAAAAUAUAAAAUUUCAUUUUAUACCAACUUACGCUUCUCAUUUUGGGGGAUAUUGGGAAGGCGGCAUCAAGUCAGCUAAGCACCACAUUAAAAGAGUAAUGGGCAAUUUAAAUCUCACGUACGAAGAACUUUCUACUUUGUUUGCACAGGUGGAAGCUAUUCUAAAUAGCCGACCCUUAUAUCCUGUUUCUUCUUCCCCUCACGACCUUCUUUCUCUCACUCCAGGGCACUUCCUGAUUGGCCGACCACUGUCUUCCCUGCCAGCUCCAGUCUUGGAGGAAGAAAAGGCUACUCGCCUGCAGCGCUAUAACCGCAUAGAGCAAGCUCGCCAGCAUUUCUGGAGACGCUGGCAAAAUGAAUAUGUCAGCGAGUUGCAGCAGCGAUCCAAGUGGCGUACACAGAAGUGCAACCCUCUUCGUGUCGGGGAUUUAGUUCUUCUCCAAGAGGACAACAAUCCACCCCUUCAUUGGCGUUUGGGACGUGUCAUCCACUUACAUCCCGGCAUCGAUGGUGUGAGCAGAGUUGCUGAUAUCAUGACUGAGAGAGGCAGCGUACGGAGGCCAUUUACAAGACUAUGCCCUCUACCAAAUCAAGAUGAUAACUAGAAUACCGAAGGUAUUCCAGGGGGGGUGCUUAUGUACGCGCCUUCAUUAAUUUGUGGAGCAAAUAUUGCCUGCGACGCAUUACCGAUAAUGUAGAUAAGGCUGUUCGCAAUGCUACAUACGAAGACUACAUACGAAGCCCUGUCGACCAAUC